AUGGUCGCUGAAGUCAAUGACUACCGUAUUUCCCGAGUAGUAGUUCUUUGUAAAGAUUGUGGUCAAGACGUCGGUCUCUAUCCGGCUCGACACAAAUGUGGUUUACCUGUAUCGUCGACACCUCCUGUACCCAAAUUACCAACACAAUACUCCUCCCCUUCUCGACAGCAGCACUCAAGAAAUAGCAGUAUUUCUAAGACUGGAACUCAAAGAGGCGAUGAUAAACUGUCUAAUGGUCAGACUGGCGAGUCUUUAUGGGCAAAGCUGAGAGGCGUCAAAAGUUGGUCCGAUUUAAACGAGGGUGACUCGCCUGCUCCACCACAAUCUCAAGCAACCUACCUCUGGGACAAACUACUUAGCGCAACAUCCACGCUUAAGGAGAACAUCACCGGUACGAUGGAAGAUGACUAUGAUUCUGACAAGGAAGACUGGAAAGGCGAAACUCACAUAUCCCGCGUUUUACGCGAAUACUACGAGGAGAAAGCUGGGGACCUUCCCGAAUGGCUAUUUGAGAAAAGUUCUCGCCCUAUUCCACAGAAGUCUUCGUCGACAUCGUCCAUAUCUUCAACGUCUUCCAUACCAAAGACUGUUUAUUCCGCUGCGUCGUCCGGACGUAAUUCAUCGGAGAGAAGCAUUGAAGAGGAUGUACCCGUAAAGAAAUCAUUUAAGGAUAUAACUGAGAAGACUAGUUGGCGAAAUAGACAAGCGGAUACGCAGGUGGAUAGACAAGCGGAUCGGACAAACCGAGGAAGAGAGACUGCUAGAAGUGUAGUUACAUCGACUCAGCAAAGGACUUUUCCCAAUCACAAUGAUAAUGGAUACCGGCAGUCGGAUGGCAGAUAUACCGACCAACGGCAAGAACAAAUGGUGGACGAACAAGAACAAGUGUUGCAAUUAUCACACCAAACACAAUUCAUG